GCUCAUAUUAAGACAAUGCACGGGGGUCCACAGGCUAUGGUAACAUAUCUGAGGACAAAAUACUGGAUAACUGGUGUAAAGUUAGCAGUCAAAGCUUAUUUUCGAACAUGUGUUAUUUGCACAAGGUACUCAAAUAAAACACGAGAGCAACUUAUGGGUCAGCUUCCCUCGGCACGCGUUACACCAAGCAAACCAUUUCUUUGUAGUGGAGUAGAUUACGCAGGUCCAAUUAAUAUGCGUUUGUCGAAGGGUAGGGGCAACAAAUCAUAUAAAGGGUACAUUGCUCUAUUCAUUUGUAUGUCAACACGUGCUGUUCAUUUAGAACCAGUUAGUGAUAUGACAACUAAGGGAUUUUUGGCCGCCUUCAGGAGAUUUGUUGCUAGACGUGGUCGUUGUGCUCAACUUUAUAGCGACAAUGGAACUAAUUUUAUAGGAGCGGCACGCGAGCUCGCUGAGUUGUUUGACGAACAGAAAUCGACAUUUGUGCCUGAACUAGCUGAGUAUCUAGCAAAUAACGGUACUCAAUGGAAUUUUAUUCCCCCACAUGCACCCAAUUUUGGAGGACUUUGGGAGGCGGGAAUAAAAUCCACCAAACACCAUCUUCGUCGAGUUAUUGGGAACUCAACUCUGACCUUUGAGGAAAUGGCAACGGUACUUGCUCAAAUUGAGGCUUGCCUUAAUUCAAGGCCACUCUCUUAUGUUGAAGAUCAGGAAGGUUUCGUUGCCCUUUCGCCUGGUCAUUUUUUGGUAGGAGAGCCGCUUAUACUAAUUCCUGAAAUCAACUUUGAAAAAUCUAAUAUUAGUUGUCUUAAACGUUGGCAACUGACACAAAGGAUGCUACAAGACUUUUGGAAGCAUUGGUCUCAUGAUUAUUUGCAUCAAUUCUUACAAAGACACAAGUGGGUCUACAAAACCCCAGAACCUAAACUGGGUGACGUGGUUUUGAUCAAAGAAGAUGGCAUGCCUCCUGGCAGGUGGUUGUUGGGUAGAGUCGAGCAAAAACAUCCUGGCCCUGAUCAGAUCACCCGAGUGGUUACUGUUCGCACACAAAAUUCUUUGAUCAAAAGACCUGUGUCCAAAAUUUGUGUGCUUCCAUUAGCGGAAUAAUUAAUUAUUGUAAUUUUAUGUUGAAAUGUAAAUAUGAUGUGCAUGUUAAAGUUACUUUAAUUCUUAUGAUUGAUAUUUUGUUGUAGCAAUCCUCACAAAACUUUGUAUAGUUGAAGUUAAAUUUUUAUUAUUAAUUGUUUUAAUCACAAUGAGAAUGUUUUAGUUAUGAGUAUGUGCUAAGCAAACUAUUUAGUAGUAUUUGUUACUAUUAUGCCCACUGUAGGCAAGGAAGUUUACUUUUUGUUCAGUUUGUGUAUAUAAUUUAACUUUAAAUUGUACUGCAAAGAUUAGAUUUGGUUUGUUUCUUGUUUUGUUUAAUUAAGUAAAGGACAUUCUGGAAUUAUGUCCUUUAGCGGGCGGAAAUGUACAG